GGGAUUCUUCGACAGAUUAUCCCUAAUCCCACUUAAAUCAAUUAUACACCGACAUCCCGAGUGUGCAUAAGGCCCACGCAGACUAGAAGAUUACUCGAAAUGCGGAUAUAUAAAACCGACGGUACAUUUGUAGAAAAUCAAAGGGACACUGAGUUCGGAUGGAAUCUUAACGAAGUUGUGGUAAAUGAAAACGUCAAAGAAGUAAAUGAAAAUCAUUCUCAUGGCAAGGAAGUAAAUAUAAGGAACAACCCGAAAUCCCAUUUAGUCCAGUUACAAAAGGAAGCCGCUUUCAUGGAAUCUGUGGACAUAGUGGAACCAGAAAAACCAAUAGUGGUGAAACACGUUCAAGUAAAUAUCAAAACAGAGCCUAUAGUGAACGUUAUCAAUUGUAAGAUGGACAUUGAGGGUCCUCCAAUAAAGAAAAACAAUUCGAAGCUAGCCAGUGAGUUAAAAAAUGUACAAUUCACUGUACCUUCGAAAGAGGAACUAGCAAAAUUAAUAAACCCAUGCAAUAUCGAAACUAAAGCUCUAAUGUCCAUCAUAUACUUCGCAAAAUAUAAAUCAUUAAUCAAAGAAGAGACCUCUGCGGAAUUAUUCAAAACAGUCAACUUUAAAACCACUAAUUACAAAUACUUAAUUAAAGACAAACAGGAAAAUAUAAAGGAAGAGAUACUGAAAGACAUCCAUCACUACUAUGCUACGAACGAGGAAAACAUGUUAUCUCUGAUGAUGGAACUAAUUUUGGCCGAUAUAGGCUGUAAUCUAGAAGACAUCGUUGACAUAGAUAACAACAUUAAUAAAGCCAAUGAUUCACAAACUAGCGAUCGGAGCAAUGGCAUUACAAGUACUUUUUUCAAUAGAGAAUUGAGUCCCUUUGGAAACAGUGACUCCAAUGUGUCCGACAGAUGCAGCAUUUUAAGCAGUAUUGGCCUCGAUGACGAGCAGAAGAGCCUGCAGAGCUUAUGCGAAGAGACAUUGGAAAUGCGUUUACAAACAGCUGAGAUCAAAGAAAGCUUUCAGGAAGAAGAAAACCGAGUAAAUCAAUUAAUCAAAAUAACCGCCGCACUGAGGGAAGAAAUGAGGGAAGCUCUCUACCUAGAUGAUAUUUUACAUUUGUUAGAAGGCAACUUAGAAAAAGUGAAGCUAGAGUUACCAUUUAAAAUAUUCUACAAAGAAGAAAGCAGCCAAUUAAAUUUAAUAGUCUAACGUUAGGUUGUACAUAAAAAUAAA